AUGAUGUCCAACAUCAUCUUGAUUGGAUUCUACAGUGUGGAGGUCUGCCAUGUGAUGGGCUACAGUGCUAAAUUAUGGGAAAAGGGGGUAAUUUUUAAAUGCUUCUUGGCAAUUGAUUACCCAUAUGGAAGCAAAGAAUACAAUGGGAAUCAUACGGAAGCAAAUUUCAGGGUCGGCGCUCGUCUGCUGACUGAGCCAGUGGCGCUCGGCGAUGCAGUGGCUUCGCUCCCAGGUUCACGGGUUGAAUUCUGGCCUUUCUGCACCUCCGUACCUCUGAGCUCUGAGCGAGAACUCGUGCAGCUGCGAAGACCAGACCUUCUUCACCUGCGCAGUUUAAAGAGAGCAGGUAGUCAUAAUACCAGGUUCUCAGAAACAGAGAAGUCCUCCCCUGCAAACGCCAUCUCAGGUAGAGCCCGGGUUAGCCGACGGAAGAAGAGUGCCUCCUUCUCCUCCACUGUCACCACAGGCACCUCAUUAAGCAGAUCAACAGAGGGUUCCAGCAGCCAGGAAGAGAUGGAAAAAUCAGAUGGGGGUUCCGCUAGUCAAGAAGAGAUGGAACAAUCAUGCACUUUGCAAUCCUUGCCAGACCUUGAGAACUUGCACAUAGACCUUCUAGAUGAAAAGGUGGAACUGCUAAUCAGUUUCCUGCUGCAAAAAUAUCAAAUGAGAGAGCCGGUCACAAAGGCAGACAUGAUUGGUAAUGUUGUCAAAGAGUACAAGGAUGACUUCCUUGAGAUUCUCAGGAGUGCCUCUGAGCGCAUGGAGCUGGUCUUUGGCCUUGAUGUGAAGGAAGUAGAUCCCAUCAGCCAUAGCUAUACCCUUGCUAACAAGCUGGAUCUCACCUACAACGGAAUGCUGAGUGAUCAACAGGGCAUGCCCAGGACUGGCCUCCUGAUAAUUAUCUUGGGAGUGGUCUUCAUGAAGGGGAACUGCGCCACUGAGGAGGAAGUCUGGAAAGUGCUGAAUAUGAUGGAUAUAUAUUCUGGGAGGAAGCAUUUCAUCUUUGGGGAACCGAGAAGGCUCAUCACCAGUGAUUUGGUGAAGGAAAGGUAUCUGGAGUACCAGCAGGUGCCCACUAGUGAUCCCCCUCGCUAUGAAUUCCUGUGGGGUCCUAGAGCCCAUGCUGAAGUCAGCAAGAUGAAAUUGCUGGAGUUUUUGGCUAAGAUCCAUGGGACCAACCCCAAGAGCUUCCCAUCUCAGUACGAGGAGGCUUUGAGAGAUGAGGAAGAGCGAGCCCGAGCCAGAAUUGAAGCUGCGGCCGGCACAAGUGCCGUGGCCAGUGCAAAAGCUAAAGUAAUGACAUUUGUCAGUUCCAGGCUAAGACACACGAGAACCAGUUUGACACUUGCAUGCUUUUUCAUCUAUUUGGCAGCAAACAUGGAGAACCUGUCUUGA